CUGGUUCCGCCCGCUACCGCACCAGUCCGAUCUCGACUCGUCUCCUUCGACCCAGCCACCAUGCCCCGGCAAUACACGCCCGACCCUGUCGUCGACGACCCGAACGCCUGGCAGGCCGCUCCUCCACCAACCGGGCCGGCCCAGACCAAGUGGGACAAGUUCAUCCACAAGUUCAAGGAGGAGCCGCUCGUCCCACUAGGCUGCUUCGCGACCGUCGCCGCCCUCCUCGGUGCCAGCUCGGCCCUCCAGAAGGGCAACCGCAACCAGUUCAACAAGAUGCUCCGCCUGCGCGUUGCCGCCCAGGGCGUUACCGUCAUCGCAGCACUCGGAGGAUCGCUGUACUACCAGAGUGAGCGGCGCGCAGAGAGGAACCGGGUCGAGGCGGCAAAGGCUGAGGCGGCCACGGCGGCGACAGCGGCGGCGCCGAGCGGGGCGAGCGCCGCACAGCCCUGA